UCGCCGGCGUUCUCUUGACGUCUGUUCACCCUGUGUGCGUCAUUUCCUAAACCGAAACGAUUUCCGCAGUGAAAUUAAUCUCGUACGCGCAAGAUAUUAGCAUAAAACGUUUGUUCAAAUCGCUUGUGACUAAUAAAAUUAUUUUCGACGCGCGUAUUGGAAAAAUUACUCGGUAUUUUCCCUUUCACUCCGGCGCUACACGGCCAAUUCUUUUAUUAUCCGCGUAUCGGAAACUACAGCAUCUUCUCGCAGAAGCGAUGACGCCAUGAGAUUGGCGAUUUUAUUAUCAAAUAUAUUUAAGAAAUUUAGCAACGGUUAUUUGCAUACCGGCGGUGCAAUAUGAAUAACGGUGCGUUUCGAUUGGCAGUUGUGUGCGUCUUAUUAACUGCAGGCCUGAAAAAAGACGCAUCGUGCUUGAAGACCGAAUGCGUUCCAACAGACAGGUGUCCUUUCGCAGACAAGUUUCUCAAACAGGGAUUGACCAGAGAGACAAUUGAAUUCAUUGAUCGGGCCAGAUGCGGAUACGAUGACCAAAAUCGAUUGAAAAUUUGGUGCAUCCAAUCGACACACUGUCGCACUCCGGACAAUGAAGUUGGUGAAUCAUUUUUUGCAGGAAGCUGCAUGUACUACAAGAAAUGUCCAAAGUAUGUAGACCUCCUUAAAACACAACACUUAAAUAACCGCAGCGUGAGCAAUUAUUUAAAAAAGUUCGGUUGCGAAUCGUCGAAGGAGAAAGAAAUACAAGUGUGUUGCCCUUUACCCGAGACGGUAAUGAGGACCAGAUUUGACGAUUCCAGUGAAGAAGACUUUAAACUUAGCCGUCACAACGAAGAGUCUGAUCAAAAUAGACGCCAUGCCAGCGAGUGGCAUCGACGUCAUCACGCGGAAUACCCACACGCGCAUUCAUACGAACGACAUGGUUGGUUCGAUUGGGAUAACAGCGGGUCUAAUAGUUGGGAAGAUGAAUUCCAUCAUGACACAAUACGUGCUACUUCAACAGGUUCUCCUGAUAUCACUGAUGACACUUCAGGCGAAGUCAUCCAGGAGGAGUUGGUUUGUAAAACACCUGACGAUGAGCCAGGUGUGUGUAAGAAUAUUCGCGACUGCUCACCCAUGGUAAACCUCUUGAAGACCAUGGAUAAGGACGACGACUCCCAGAAAAAAUAUAUUCGCAACUUCAAGUGCGUUAAGGGCAGGAGACGGACAGCAGAGAUACGGGUGUGCUGUCCUAAGGGAAACCUUUCGUUUCCGGUAGAACCCGAGCUGCGACUAUACGCUGAUUCACUGAAACCUUUUUCCAAAAUUUGCGGCAAGCAAGGUGCGGCCGACAACAGGAUUUACGGUGGAACAGCCACAGACCUGGCUGAGUUUCCUUGGAUGGCACUUUUUCAGUACCAGAGCAGGCAUGGCUUAGUGUACGGCUGCGCCGGCAAUUUGAUUACCAACAGGAUCGUCGUAACGGCCGCCCAUUGCGUCGAAGAUGCCAUUUUGAAGUCACGAGGACUCAAUAAAAUACAUCGCGUGGUACUUGGGGAGUACGACAUCCGGAACGAAACGGACUGCUUCCACUUCAAGUACGGUACCGACUGCGCGGAUAAGCCUCAGUACUUCGCCCCAUCGAAAGUCGUAAAACACGACUCUUAUCACGGCACCGACAACGACAUAGCUCUCGUGAAGCUCGAUCGAAACGUAACGUUUACGGAUUAUAUCAGCCCCAUUUGUUUGCCCGAAGGAAAUGUAAGCGCGUAUCUGAAAGGAAACGAACCAAUGAUUAUCGCGGGCUGGGGGCGAACGGAUCCAGCAGGUGAACUGAGCCCGGUUAAAAAGAAAGCUACUCUGCCGUACGUGGCCAGAGAAGUCUGCAACGAAUUCAAUCCUCAACCUCUGACCGAAGGCCAGAUGUGUUUGGGAAGCGGAAACGGAAUCGACAGUUGCAACGGCGAUUCAGGCGGACCCGUCAUGAUGGACGUAGUUUCGCAGUUUGGUGACCGAAUCACCAACUUGUUCGGUAUAAUUUCGUACGGAUUUGGGAGUUGCGGCGUGGCGCCCUCUGUAGCCACUUUUGUCCCUGAGUACGUCGAUUGGAUAAAACGGACCGUAAGCGUUCUAGAAUCAGACGAUUGACGGAAAAUGCUCGGUCGUUUAUAGUGUCGUGGGAUGUAUUUUCCGUGAAAAAAUUAAAGGCUGCAUUCUUUUUGUAAUUUGUUCAUUUCUAUUGCGAACUCUCCUUGGUUACGAAAAUGACUAUUUUGGAUUCGCUCACUCACGAGGACUAAUGUUUAGUAGAUAUUAGUUUCUUAUAGGCAUUUUGAAAAUAAAAUGUUAAAAAAGAAAGUCAAUUGUAAAUCUUCUAAUGCAAUCCACAUGAUAAGUAGGUAGCCGGUAAAUAUUGUAUAUAAAGUGCUAAAAUUCUUUAGCAUGGUAAAUGGGUAUUCAUUAAGUGAAAAUUAAUAACAUUUGGACUUUUCAAAGACAUUUGACAGAGUCAGUCAUGAGCAUAUUUUUCGUAAGUUUCAAGCCACGAGACUUUUAAACAGGGCGUACACAGCAGGGCCCAAUCAUAUUGUAUUGAGAAAUUGUGGUGGACUAAGGUGUCCCUCAGGGUUCACACAUAGGUCCAGUUUUCUUUAAUUUGUUCACAAAAAAUCUAAGUAAUGUGAUUCUAUAUUCUGAACAUCGUGCCUUUGCAUGUGAUUUUAAAUUAUAUAAAACAAUUAUAUCAAUUAUCGAUGCUGAGCUUCUUCAAAGCGAUCUUAAUAAUAUGAGUUUGUGGUGCAGAUAAAAAGGUCUGGAUCUAAAUCUUCGAAAGCGUUUUAGUAUUAUUUUUUCCCCCUUAACUUUUUAGAAUAAAUAUAUGAGAGUGUGUCACCAAUCUAUUGCCUUGAUCCCUUUUCUAGUGGUAUUCGACCAUUUAAGACAAAAUUAAAAGAACUUGGUUAGUUAGAUGGUUAUUGAAAAAAAGCUUUUUCAUGUUUUGUCUUGUUGCUAUUUUAGUUUAUUAUAUUGCUACCUUUUUUUUGUUGUAAAUUGGCUAAGCCGUUGAAAUAAAUAAAUAAAUUUAGCGUCCUAUUUAAGACUCUGAAAAUUAAAUUAUCAUAAGUCAAAAUAAAAGACAUUACCUAGAAAACAUUAU